AUGAUGGCUGAGGAUACGACAGCCGAUGCCACGAGGCGACUGAACGUGAAGAAGCAAACGCUGGACGAUGCUUACGCGGCACCGGCGAACUUCUUAGAAAUUGACGUUGUAAACCCAGUCACAUCGAUGGGAGUAGGGAAGAAACGUUACACGGAUUAUGAAGUUCGCAUGAGGACAAACUUGCCAGUGUUUAAAGUUAAAGAAUCAAGCGUCAGACGGCGGUACAGCGACUUUGAGUGGCUAAGAAAUGAAUUAGAGAGAGAUAGUAAGAUUGUUGUUCCACCUCUCCCAGGGAAGGCAUUAAAGAGACAACUGCCAUUCCGAGGCGAUGACGGUAUUUUUGAGGAAGAAUUCAUUGAGGACCGUAGAAAAGGUCUUGAAGUAUUCAUCAAUAAGAUAGCGGGCCACCCCCUGGCGCAAAACGAGCGGUGCCUUCACAUGUUCCUCCAAGAGCCGACCAUAGACAAAAACUACGUACCCGGGAAAAUUCGAAACACAUAA